AUCGGGAAUAUGAACGUCGUCGUUAGACAUUUUUUCCGUAUGACAUCAUUCUAGUGUAAUCGUGUGUUUCAGGACAGUGUCCCGCACAUUAAAACGUCAGAUUUUAUUCUUUAAAAAACAUAUUUAUUACUAAAUCUUCCAGGCAGCGUUUGCCAGAUACUCUUGGAAAAUAUGCUCAAAUCUGGCUUCUGAAUGCGGCCUUUGCGGAAUCCAGAGGUCUGUAAAUAAUUCCCACAUUGACUAGCUGUUUGCUUCUGCUCCGUGUUUCUUGCGGAGCACACAGUGCAGAGAGUUACGUGGCAGCAUCGAUCAUUAAUAAAAGUUGUACUUCAUUUUUGGGGAAAUUCCAUUUUGUGACGAGAGUUUGAUGAGAGGAUUGACGCCGCGCAAGGGGCAUGUUUUCAAAAUGCGAAAUGAGUCCCCUUUAAAAACUUUGAGCAAGAUACACAACCUGCUUUUGUUCAAGUAAACAACUUAAACAUUGCCCCCCCCACCUAAAAAAAGAAGAGCUUAGAGGUGUUGUGAAUAGAUCCAGAAAGGGGCAUCGGAGGGGUUGGACCAUUUCAUCCAGACGGAUGGCUUUUGUCAUCAACUUCUCCCAAAGAGAGAGAGAGAGAGAGAGCUUAUAACCAAACAGAAGCAGAGAGCGAGCGCAGUGCCAUCUCGUCACUGCUCAGUACCCACAACACGGUGAGUUCAUUACCUUACACCUCUCCAUAUCUGGACAUUAUUUCUACACACUGGUCAGUAUUAUUGCCGCUAGUACUUCCACCUUUUCAGCAAUGCCCUUUUCUCUCUUUUUUUGCAGAUAUUGUCACGUGAAGUCUUUUUUUUUUUUUUUUUUAGCUGCACGUAGUUUUGUAUUUUGACUCAAAACUCCAAACUGAUCCCGUCUGAAGGGUUUGGUUAAUGAGGGGGACGGGCGGCAGAUUGACACACUGGACCCAACAGGAAGAUGGUUCCAGUUAAACUCCUCAUCCUGGGAGCUCGUAACACUGGAAAAACAGCGCUGUGUGUCCGUUUCAUUACCAAGCGCUUCAUCGGUGAAUACGACCACAAGAAGGAGGUGACCUACAGGUGCAGCCGGGCGCUGGACCACGAGGCUGUCGAUCUGGAGAUUUUGGAUGUCGCCUGUAAGGAGGACGCCGCGGCGUCCCUGGAGUCCUCCAUCCGCUGGGCGGACGGCUUCCUGCUGCUCUACUCCAUCACCCAACGCCUCAGCUUCCUGGACGUGCCACGACUCAAGAAGCUCGUCGAGCACGCCAAGCAGAGCCUGGUUGUACCUACAGUGCUCGUAGCCAAUAAGGCGGACCUGGAAAUCGGCAGGGAGGUGACGACAGAGGAAGGACAGAGACUGGCCAAGGAGUUGAGGUGCGGUUUCAGAGAGCUGUCCGUCGCAGAAGCUGUUUUAGCGGUGGAAGCAGCCGUGUUUCAGCUCAUCAGGCUGGUCCUGGACCAGCAGCGUCCUCUGCCGGACCGCCGCUCCUACAUGCUGACGGUGCGCCACGCUCUGACCAGGAAACUGACCCGAUCCAAGACCAUGCAGUGGUGACCAAACAGACGGCUCGCCCCGUGGAACAUCUGUGGAAGGGAUUCAUCACGGCCUCCACAAGGAUGGAGGUGAAACGUAUUGAGCUGCCGUUGUUCGAGGCUUCUCCUUUAGAGUCUUUGUGUAUCACUGAUGAUUUGGCAGAACACAAAACAAAAGCAUAUGGGACCGACUAAAGUUUGCAGUUUUGGGUGAUUUAGGUAUUAAAUCAGCUCGUCCUCAAUAAAAGCCCGGAUGAGACUUCAGGCAGUUUAUCAGAGGAGAAAAACUGCUUCUUUUUUGUGGGGAUAAACAGAAAACACCAUCUGAAUGUGUAUUUAGGCCACGUAACGUUUGCAUGGCCUAAAUACACAUUCAGAUGGUGUUUCCUUUCAAACCGAUUUAUUUUAGAAGACAGAAACAUUUGUGCAGUGUGGGGAAAGCCAUGUACACAUAGAUACAGGUUUCUCUCAUCACAGGCUGAUUAAGCAGCUGCACUCACUCACAGACACACACACACACACACACACACACACACACACACACACACACACACACACUGAGAGCUGCUAUUUACACGUCACAUGGACUUCUGGCCGGAUGCCUCCACGCGAGAUGUUGUUUUGUUCUCCAGUAGAGGGCGCCGCUGUCUUUUCUGCCAGUGCAGACUCGUCGCAGCACCGAUUAAAAGGUACUUUACUACCUUUGUCUGGUUUUGGAGUCAACUGACCCGCAAUCUGUGGGAUCCAAAAUCAUCCCAGAAGAAUAUAUGCCGUCACAGCAGCAGACUGAGCCCCUUUCUUUAAAUGAUAUAAGGAAUUAGCAAUGGGUGUAAUGUUUGGGUGGUCAUGUAGUCGACUUUGUGCAAAAGAAGACAAUAAUCCAACCCGAGGAUAAACCAGAUAUAACUCUGUGAAUAAAACCGUUGUCAUAAAAGUGUGUCGAUGAUUUAACUGUGUGUAAAGAAUGAGGCUGUCUUUGAUUACAGUCUUGGCUUUAUUCUACUGUGUCGCCCAUCAUUUAUUUCUCUCUCUCUCUUUGUCCUCAUCGCUCCUUCUGAACUUCUGAACUUUAUGAUCAGAACAGGACAAAGAAGGUAAAAAAGCAACAAAGAGAAUAAAGAAAGGGAUCAAAGCG